GAAGGGAGGAGAGAAGAGGAGGGGAACCGCCAUGGGGCCUUGGAGUCGAGUCAGGGUUGCCAAAUGCCAGAUGCUGGUCACCUGCUUCUUUGUCUUGCUGCUGGGCCUCUCUGUGGCCACCACGGUGGCUCUCACCUACUUUGGGGCCCACUUUGCUGUCAUCCGCCAAGCGUCCCUGGAGAAGAACCCGUACCAGGCUGUGCACCGAUGGGUCUUGUCUGUGGGGUCGAGCCUGGUGGGCCUUCUGACUCUGGGAGCCGUGCUGAGCGCUGCAGCUACCGUGAGGGAGGCCCAGGGUCUCAUGGCCGGGGGUUUCCUGUGCUUCGCCCUGGCAUUCUGCGCACAGGUGCAGGUGGCCUUCUGGAGACUCCACAGCCCCACCCAGGUGGAGGAUGCCAUGCUGGACACCUAUGACCUAGUGUAUGAGCAGGCAGUGAAAGGCACAUCCCAGGUCCAGUGGCAGGAGCUGGUGGCCAUCCAGGACACGUUUCUGUGCUGUGGGAAGAGAUCUCCUUUCAGCCGUCUCGGGAACACAGAGGCUGACCUGUGUCAGGGAGAACAGGCGGCAAGAGAGGACUGCCUGCAGGGCAUCUGGAGCUUCCUGAGGACACACCAGCAGGUCGCCUCUAGCCUGACCACCAUUGGCCUGGCCCUCACGGCUUCUGCUUUAACAUUCCACAAUAGCCUCCCAGUCCCCUCUAGAACACUACGCCACAGCCUCAUGAUCCCCUUGCUCCUCAGAGCAUGUGGCCACCAGCCCCAGGAACCCAGCCUCUUGAGACGCUCCCAGGGUAGACCUGCACGUUAUCCUCACUCCGAAGCAGAUGCUAUUGGUCCAAGAGGAUGCUCGGGCCGUCUUCAGUGGCUUCAGGACAAGGAUUCUGUACCUCGGCCCCUGUCCCGACACCUGACUGCCCACAGAAGUGAAGACACCCCUACUGUCAGCCCUCAUGGGAGAGUUCAAGCUGUGAGCAGGGGAGGGAGUGAAAGCCCAGCCAGAGAGCCAGGCUCCAUUGGGAACAGAUUUGGGUAUUUCACCAAAUCCCUCUGUGGGAACGGGCUGGGCGCAAGCACAGAGGAGGUCACACUGGAGGGAGCAGCCCAGGGCAGACUGCAAGACCCCGGUGGUCCAUGCCCUGGAGGGCUCCACCCAGACACAAGCCACGCUGGUUUUCCAUGCUGCGUAAGAAGCGGCACAGAUGUAAGGACUGCAAGUAGCACCCGUUUAUGAUCUCGCAGUUCUCCAGGGCAGGGGUCCCAGUGGGCUCAGCGGGCGCCCUGUGCGGGGUCUCUCAGGCUCACGUCAGGCCUUGGUGGGCUGCACUGUUAUCUGGAGGCUCCAGGGAAGCGUCUGCCUCCAGGACCAUUCAGGCUGUUGACAAGUCAACUCCUCAUGGCUGUAGGACUGAGGUUCCCGUGUCCUGUCCCUGCUCCCGUGGCCCCUCCACCUUCAAACCAGCAAUGGCACACUAAGUAGGCUGCCGUCAAAUAUACAUCACAUAGAAUUCGCCAUCUGAACCAUUUUUUAAGUGUAUGGUGUGUGUCAUUAAACACAUUCACGUUGCUGUGCAACCAUUGCCACGAUCCAUCUCCAGAACUUUCCACCUUCUCAAGCUGAACGUCUGUCCCUAGUAAACACCAACUCACAUCCUCUGCCCUGGUCCCUGGCACCCACCAUCCACUUUCUGUCUCUAUGGAUUCAGCUGCUCCAGGGGCCUCAUAUCGUGAGGUCACACAG